CGCCCGGCUGUAGCUGACCGAGUUGCUGCUGUAAGUCGACGUAGUGAAGUCUGAUCCACCUCUCCCACGAACAGUCGCACUAGAGACCUUUACCGCGACAAGGUUUCGUCUUAAAUCACGGAUGGUGAACUUUUCUGUGGAGUUUUUACUGAACAGUAAUUGUUUUAGUUGUCAAAAAGGACCCAAAGACCCGUGUUUCCUCGAAGCUAUCAUGCUGAACACCGAGGAAAGUUCCUGGUUAGCUGGGUCUCGGCUGCCCAGCUCCAUCCCUCAGUCUCCGGGGCCUCUGUGGUGCUCCGAUGCCCCUCACCCACAACUGAAGAUCCCGGGUGGGCGAGGGACUGUCAGGGAUCACUCUCUCGGCGUGCUACUACACAAGGAUGAGAAGUUAACAGUGACACAGGGCGCUCCAGUGAGUGGGAACCCCUCUCUUCUCCGCUUCCACUACCAGCUGAGUGAGCGCCGCUCGGCCUCCUGGGAUACGGCUCUAUCAGAAGACAGCCUCUUCCUUGAGAUCCCUGCCGGGCCACUGGUGGAGGGGAGCAAAGAGGGGCUCACUGCUCUGCUCGAGUUUGCAGAAGAGAAGCUCAAAGUUAACUAUGUGUUCCUGUGGUUCCAUAAAGGCAGAGAGGAUCGAUUGUCCAUCAUCAAGACGUUCCACUACAUGGGCUUUGAGAUGGUGAAGCCGGGCAACCCCAUGGUACCGGCCCGACCUGAUCUGGCCUUCAUGGUAUACUCUCUGGACAACAGCAGCUCAGACGAGGAGUGACUGCCACACGGUCUCCUGACACCUCCCUCUCCCACCCUUACCCCCUUCCCUUCCCUCCCUCCUCUCCCUCCCUGAUAGAAACAUGCCUUCUGCCUCUUUUCUUCCUCAUGCAAUCAAAUCCACUUUGACUCUGGCUCUGACACAAACCCCUCCUCCUCCUCUAGAAAUCCUUCAUCACUGACUGGGAGGUGUCACUUUUUUUAAUAGACUUGUGAUUUAAGGGGGUGUUUGGGAGUGGUAGGAUUUCCAUGUGACUCAGAUGCCCCCCGCCUCCCCCCUUUCCCUUCCCAGAGGAUAAGUGCGGAUUGGAGAAACGAGGAGCGGCGUAGCUUGAACUUAUACAUCACUUGCAUCGUGGGAUUCUUAUUUUUCCUGCUAAGUGGUUCCUCUCAACCACGUUAUUUUUAAUUUUUUUUGUGCUGCCAUCAACAAACCAACUGUUGACAUUCAGGAGAAGGUGGUGUUUUACAUUAAAAUUCAGCAUAUCUCUCCUCUGACAGCUUUGACCUUUUUAUAAGGAAAGAGACUUUGUUUGUCUUUGUGUGCUGUAUACCAUGCAAGCAGUGAUUGUAAGGCUAAAGAGAGGGAAUUAUGGGUUUUGUAUGGUCAAUAAAAUCUUGUUUGCUUUAUAAUAUAGGUGGGGAUACAGCCUCAUGUGUUACAUUUAACAUUGAAGCAUAUGUAAACAUUUCUUUACACUCUUCCUGAUAUAUAUUGAGGCAUCAUUCCAGCAUUCAUCAUUUUUUUUUGUAGCUCUUGUCUGCCCAAAAACAAUCUAACCACAAAUGUGGAAAUGCCCUGUUAGUCUCUCCAGAUGUGUCAAAGCUAAGAAGCAGCCUGUAUGUUGAAUGUCACAACAGGGUGGCUGCCAGCUCACUCCUCCUCCUCCUCCUCCUCUUCCUCUGCGCAGUAAUCAACCUGUCCAGUUGACGGUGUGAGUUAUUGCCGAGCUGGAGAGGAGGACGGCCUUGCUGUUGUUUCACUUUGCACCUCACACACAGAAACAAAUGCUUUUUAUUCUUCAAAGAUCAUAAGCUGAAUAAUGUUUGGUUUGAGGUGGUUCAAAGAGAAGCUCCACUUACUGUUACUUAAACACAAUGUUUGAAUGUAGUGAAGCCUCAGUCUGUGCCUCUCAUGUAUUGACAUUACAUUCAAGUCUAGCUAAGCAGCUGUUAAACAUAAAUAGAAAGUUGUUUAACAACAGCCGCUUGUUAUAAAGACCCUUCUAACCAUAUGGAUGAAAAUUAGUUUUAAACUGUCUCCCAAUAUGUUCUAUCCAAGUUUCCAGAAUUGACAUUGUCCUUGCUUGUUCUGUACAACACAAGAAAGAUAUUUUUUUUUUGUAUGAAAAUGUAAAACAAUACAAUUUUAAGAUGAAUGUAGAAUAUAACUCUUAACAAAACUUUUAUUUUGACAUAAUCUACAAUUUGAGGAAACCUUUAUCAUGCAGCAAACAAAGUUCUGUAAAUCUCUUCAGAACAGUUUUGUUAAACAGCCUUCUGGGUAUUUCAGAGAUCACAGAUACCCUGUGACUGGAUUGAUGAUGAUUAUAAUACACGAGAAGCACAAACUGGGUCUAGAGAGGCUUCAUUUAGCUCAGUAGAGUCGUCAGUAGUACUGUCCUGCACCAGUUGAAAGCUCGAUUGAAACGGGGCUUCUUGUGCCUAAAGAGGAGAGUGCAAUGUCAAUAUUUUUGCUCUUGAGUCUUAUUGAGGAACGUGUCCAUUUUCCUCACUUCAUCCCAUGCAGAUUCAGACCCAUGCCACGUGAGGCAAUGACCUCAUCGUAUGGGUACAACAGGAGCACUUCAGGUGAUUACCCAAUAUGCAAUUAGAGUAAAAACACAGAAGGAAUCUUUUGCAGGUUUUUUUUUGUUGUUUGUUUUGUGGUUUUUAGUACUCUGAACAAAAACGCCAAAGAAUCCAUUCUGUCUGUAACACGCUAUCAAUUCAAAUCACCUUGCUUUCAAAAUUCUGCUUAUUUAGACCUGGUGUGUAAAGCAAUUUCAACCUACAUUCCCCAUGCUAGCCAUACUACCUGUAACACCUCAGAGAAACAUGAUAGUAGUCUGUUCCAUAUUGGUGUUGGGAUGGGGUGGGGGCCUUUUUUCUUCUGCAUGUGUUCAGAUCAUGAGUCUUCGUUGCUACUGAUUGAGCCCUGACUAUAAGCUGUUGUCAAUAUAUGAAUUUUCUCAGAGGUAUAUUUUUAUGUAUGUAUAUUUCUCAAAUGUUUACUGUGAUAGUUUAGGGAUUUAUGUUUUGUUCUCGGUGACAUAGUUAGCAACCAUUCAAUGACAAUCCACACUUGUAUACUCUGCAAAUUUUUGUCUUGGGGGCGGGGGCAAUAAAACUUGUUAUCUAAA